CGCGCCGGGCCGUGUCUCCCGGGAGAUGCUGUGACGGACCGCACGGAAGCAACAACGCCGGGGCCCUCGGCGGCCUGGCCCGCGGGCUCAGUGGAAGUAUGCAAGACUUGACAGCUCAAGUGACUAGUGAUCUCCUGCAGUUCCCAGAAGUGACUAUUGAAGCUCUCGGAGAAGAUGAGAUAACUUUAGAGUCUGUGCUUCGUGGAAAAUUUGCUGCAGGGAAAAAUGGACUAGCAUGCUUAGCUUGUGGUCCACAACUUGAAGUUGUAAACUCCCUAACAGGAGAGCGGUUAUCUGCUUAUAGAUUCAGUGGAGUAAAUGAACAGCCUCCUGUGGUCCUUGCAGUGAAAGAAUUCUCUUGGCAUAAGAGGACUGGAUUGUUAAUAGGAUUGGAAGAAGCGGAUGGGAGUGUUCUUUGUCUUUAUGACCUUGGUAUAUCAAGAGUGGUCAAAGCAGUUGUUCUUCCUGGAAGGGUAACAGCUAUUGAACCUAUAAUUAACCAUGGAGGAGCCAGUGCAAGUACCCAGCAUUUACAUUCAAGUCUUCGAUGGCUUUUUGGCGUGGCUGCUGUGGUAACUGAUGUUGGACAGAUUCUUCUUAUUGAUCUGUGUUUGGAUGACUUGUCAUGCAGUCAAAAUGAAGUGGAGGCAUCAGACCUUGAAGUUAUCACUGGUAUCCCAGCUGAAGUCCCACACAUCAGAGAGAGUGUGAUGAGAGAGGGGCGCCACCUAUGUUUCCAGUUAGUAAGCCCAUCAGGAGUAGCCGUUUCUACUCUCAGUUACAUCAACAGGACAAAUCAGCUUGCUGUGGGUUUUUCUGAUGGCUACUUGGCACUUUGGAACAUGAAAAGCAUGAAAAGAGAAUACUAUACACAAUUGGAAGGUGGAAGGGUUCCUGUCUAUGCAGUUGUCUUUCAAGAACCUGAGAAUGAUCCUCGUAACUGCUGUUACUUAUGGGCUGUUCAGUCCACACAAGAUAGUGAAGGGGAUGUUUUGAGUUUGCAUCUGCUUCAGCUGGCCUUCGGUGAUAGAAAAUGUUUGGCAUCAGGGCAAAUCUUAUAUGAGGGAUUAGAAUACUGCGAAGAAAGAUAUACACUGGAUCUAGCAGGUGGUAUGUUCCCCUUAAGGGGACAGGCUAGUAAUACCAAAUUAUUGGGAUGCCAAAGUAUAGAGAGAUAUCCGUCUCAUGGUGACAGAGAAGAAAGUAUGAGAGAAGCUCUGUCUCCUGAUACUAGUGUUUCUGUCUUUACCUGGCAAGUGAAUAUAUAUGGACAGGGAAAGCCUUCUGUAUAUUUAGGACUUUUUGACAUAAAUCGUUGGUAUCAUGCACAAAUGCCUGAUUCUUUAAGAUCAGGAGAAUCUCUGCAUAAUUGCUCUUAUUUUGCAUUGUGGUCAUUGGAUUCAGUUGUGAGUAGGACUUCUCCACAUCACAUCCUGGACAUACUAGUGCAUGAGAGAAGUUUAAAUCGAGGGGUUCCUCCUUCCUAUCCACCUCCAGAGCAGUUUUUUAACCCAAGCACUUUUAGUUUUGAUGCCACUUGUUUGUUAAACUCUGGAGUUAUUCAUGUAACUUGUACUGGAUUUCAGAAGGAGACUUUGACAUUUUUAAAGAAAUCAGGACCAACUCUUAAUGAAGUCAUUCCUGAUAGUUAUAAUCGAUGUCUUGUUGCUGGUCUCCUCUCACCAAGACUUAUUGAUAUUCAGCCUUCCAGUUUAAGUCAAGAAGAACAAUUAGAAGCUAUAUUGUCAGCAGCAAUUCAGACAAGUUCCUUGGGACUUUUGACUGGUUACAUCAGAACAUGGAUUAUAGAAGAACAACCCAAUUCUGCUGCUAAUCUCCGAUUUGUUCUUGAAUGGACAUGGAAUAAGGUGGUUCUCACAAAAGAAGAAUUUGAUAGGCUUUGUGUGCCGCUGUUUGACGGGUCCUGUCGUUUCAUCGACCCCCAGGCCAUCCAGGCCAUCCAGCAGUGCCACCUGCUGCUCAGCAACCUCAGCACAGUCCUGAGCUGCUUUGCAAUGGAGGCCCAGGGCAUCACGGAGAGAGGACUGGUGGACUUGAGCAAUAAGCACAUGGUUACCCAGCUUAUCUGUCAGUACGCACAGAUGGUCCUGUGGUUCUGUCACUCGGGCCUGUUACCUGAAGGCUUAGAAGAUGCUCUGCCGCUGUCAAGACUACGCUACAACUACCCUGUAAUUCAGAACUACUAUGCAAGUCGUCGGCAGAAGUGUGAACGCUCACCCAGAGGGAAGUGGAGCCGUGACUGCUUGAUGAUUGACGGAUUAGUCUCUCAACUAGGAGAUGAGGUUGAGAAGUUGUGGAAGCGGGAUGAAGGUGGCACAGGAAGAUAUCCUCCUGCUAGCAUCCAUGCAUUACUUGACAUAUAUUUAUUAGACAACAUUACCGAAGCAAGCAAACAUGCUAUUACCAUUUAUUUGCUGCUUGAUAUUAUGUAUUCCUUUCCAAAUAAAACGGAUACCCCCAUUGAAUCUUUCCCAACUGCCUUUGCUAUUUCUUGGGGCCAAGUUAAGCUAGUUCAAGGAUUUUGGCUGCUAGAUCAUAAUGACUAUGAGAAUGGUUUAGACCUUCUGUUUCACCCAGUGACUGCAAAGCCUGCAUCAUGGCAGCAUUCAAAGAUAAUUGAAGCCUUUAUGAGGCAGGGAGAGCACAGACAGGCUCUCCGGUAUCUUCAGACAAUGAAGCCAACAGUGUCCAGUAGCAAUGAUGUUAUCCUUCACCUCACUGUUCUGCUUUUUAAUAGAUGCAUGGUUGAGGCCUGGAACUUACUGCGACAGAACUCAAACAGAGUAAAUAUAGAGGAAUUACUAAAACACGCUUAUGAAGUUUGUCAGGAGAUGGGCUUAAUGGAGGAUUUGCUGAAGCUACCAUUUACAAACACUGAGCAGGAAUGUUUAGUGAAAUUUUUACAGUCCAGUACCAGUGUUGAGAAUCAUGAAUUCCUUCUAGUUCACCAUUUACAGCGUGCCAAUUAUAUUUCUGCCUUGAAACUAAACCAGACUCUGAAGAAUAAUCUCACGAGUGAUCGUGACCCUCGAUUGCGGGAGAGAUCGGUGACUCGAAAUUCUAUAUUAGACCAGUAUGGAAAAAUCCUACCUAGAGUCCAGAGAAAGUUAGCUGUUGAGCGAGCUAAGCCUUACCAUCUGUCGACAUCAUCAGUUUUCCAAGAAGUUUCUAGACCCAAACCGUUAUCGGCGUUUCCAAAGAAAGCUGUAACUGGAACAGUGUUAACAAGAUCUACAUUCAUCAGCAAUGUGUUAUCUAAAAUUGGAGAGGUGUGGGCAAGUCGUGAGCCUAGAAACGGCAUCUCACUUUUUAACAGUCCUAAAACAGAACAACCACCUCCUGUAUUACAUUCUCUCCCACACCCAGAGCUUCCCGAGGCGUUUGUUGGAACACCAAUUUCAAAUACAUCCCAGAGAAUUUCUAGAUUACUGGACUUGGUUGUUCAUCCUAUCCCCCAACCUUCUCAAUGCUUGGAGUUGAUUCAGCAAAGUCCCACAAGAUCUCCUUUGUGUCUGCUGUCCAGUUCAUUACCACUAAGUUCACAGUUAAAAAGGCCACAUCAGAACACCUCCAGGCCUUCAGAAUUGCUUUUACUUGAAACUCCUCUUAUAGUUAAGAAAGCUAAAUCUUUGGCUUUGUCAGCCACCUCUUCUGGAUUCGCCGAGUUUACUCCUCCAUCCAUCCUUAGGUCUGGUCUUCGUACAACACCUUUAGCAUCUCCCUCUCUGUCACCGGGAAGAUCUCUCACUCCACCUUUCAGACUUAAAGAGACUAGGAUUUCAUUCAUGGAAGAGGGCAUGGACACGCACUGGACUGAUGGAGCUACAGAUGACCAAAGUGCAAAAGCAUCUGUUAGUGCAUCUUUCCAUAAAUGUGGACUCUCAGCAGGAACUGAGUGGAUGAAGACCAGUGAUAAAAAUGCAUACUUUCCUCUGGAUGUCCCUGCAAAGGGCCCUCAGGAAGUGACUGCAGAGACACUGGAUACCCAUGCACGAAGUAUAGAGAAACUGGAUGUGAGCAAAGAAGAUAGCACUGCUUCCGCCAGGUCAGACCAGACCUCCUUAGAGUACCAUGAUGCACCUUUACCAGAAGACUUUGAAGGUGGUGUUUUUGUGUCCCCCAAGCCAGCAAAUUCUUCUACUGAACGAACUACUAAUUCGACUCAACAAACAGAGAGGGAUAAUGAUAAAGAUUUGUUUAAGCCAGAAGGUACUCCUUCAACUGUGGAGAAACAAAUAGGCACUGGAGACCCUGCGGUGGAAGCAUUUUCAGAAUUCAGUCGCUUAGACACUGUUGAAAGAGCUGAAGCUUCUCUUGGUGUGCCGUCAGUCUGUGCGGGGGAAACCUCCACGUCAAAAUCCAAGACACCAGUUCUGGAUGGAAUAGUGUCUACAGAGAUCCGAGUCUCCGUACUCACAGCAGAUCACAAGGAAUCUAUGGCCCAGAUGGUUGAAGAUGUUGAGAGCUCUGGAUCCAUCACCUCCAAGUGCCCUGUUCCCUCUGAACGUAGCCUUGACCAAAAGCUAACAUUGAACUUGAGAGAAGAUGAGAUAGACGCUGAUGUGCCGAAGGAGAGUGCUGGCUUACCAGAAGAAAGACCUCAGAUGUCUGCUGGUCCUCCUGACACUCGAGAAAUUCAUCUAAUUGGAUGUGAAAAACUUGAAGUUCAAAAUUCAGAAGAAGAGGCCAAGAAUCUUUCAUUUAAUGAGUUGUAUCCCUUAGGAGCACAUAAACUUCAGUGUGCUCUCGAUACUAUUGAGCAGCAGUUCUGUGACUUGCCUGACGAUAAAGACUCUGCUGAAUGUGAUGCCGCUGAAGCAGAUGGGGAGCUCUGUGUGGCUCAGAGCAACUUCACCUUGAUUUUAGAAGGGGAAGAAGGAGAAGUUGAGGCAAGUGACUCUGCCGCACCUAAUGUUUUACCGAAAGCGACCAACAUAGCCACCAAGGAAAAACCCGUGUCCAGCCUGGAGCCCCGUGAUCAAGAACAUGUAACAGAUUUGCCACCUGCUGUGAAUGCUACCCAUGCCCCCCACAAGGUAGAGACUUUACCCUAUGUGCCUGAACCAGUUAAAGUGGCAAUUGCAGAGAAUUUGUUGGAUGUAAUUAAAGACACAAGAAGUAAAGAAGCAACUCGAGUGGCAGCAGAUGAAGCUGUUGAUGUGGACAGAGCAGUAAUAACCCCAAAGGCUACCCGUUCGUCCAGGUUGACAAACUCUACACUGAAGACUGUUAAGGAACCACGUGCAGAGACUGUAAAUACCAGCCAGCGUGAUGACGUGGUUUCCUCUAGAACUCUCACAAGAAGGCAGCAUGCCCUGAGCCUGAAUGUCACGCAAGAGCCAUCAGAGAUUGCUACUCCUAAGAAGAAAACUAGAAAAAUCAAAGAAACUCCUGCGUUUUCUGAAAGUUCCUGUUCUGACAUACAAGUAGCACCUGAGAACCAGCUGACAGCUCAGAGUCCUGCCCCUCCUAGGAGAGGAAAGAGGAAGGACAUUAGCCAAGGUGCACUGGCAGGCUCUGGUGCUGUGGAGCAGGAGCCUCAGGGUACACCAGAAAGACUGAGGCUGAGAGCGCAGCCACCCGAGCCAGCAGCUGAAGAAACACCUUCCAGAACAAAAGUCAAGCCUUCAUCUGUUAUAAAGGGGACUCCUGGAAGACGUAAGAAAUCUGUAGAAAAUGGGCAGAGUUCUGAAAUUGUAAAUGAUCUCAAAGGUAGUGAAGCAGCAAGUCGUGGCAGGACUGUCAAAGUGCUGAGGAAUGCCAGUUUACAGGAUCCUCAAAAUACAGAGUGUAAACACGAUGAGCACAGCGAACAGCAACUGCCUCUUAAGCGAAAGAGGGCCAGGGAGAGAGCUAGCUUGUCGAGUGAGACGGAAGAGCCAAAGCUCGCCUCAUCCCUGUUGCCUCUUCAGACAGGACUUGAUGUACCUGCCACCCCUAGGAAGCGUGGUAGGCCCAGUAGGGUAGUUCCGAUAGACGCUGGCGGUGCCACAGCUGGCAAGGAACAGAAAAGUCCCCGGAAGAAAGACGUUCCGGUUGUCCGGAGAUCUGCCCGGAACACUCCAGCUAGAAAUGUGAGUACGUUAGAAAAAUCCACUGUAGUGCCAAGUAAAGAAGCUGCUAAAGCGAUGGCGCCUAAGAGGAAACCUACCAAGAAGUCUGCAGAUCAGAGCUCAGAGGCGGGUGAGACAGCCCCGCAGGAGGCCACUGACACUCUCACUCAGUCUUCCUGGGGAACAAGGACUAGGUCUAGAAGGACCAUGUUGUCGACGGACGUUUCUGAAACCAAAACUGAGCCUUUAUUUUCUCCUCCAGUGAAGGUUCCAAAGAAAAAAGCAAAAGCUGAGAACAUGGAGGCCACAGCCCAGCUGAAAGAAUUGGUGUCAGAUUUAUCUUCACAGUUUGUUGUUUCCCCUCCUGCCUUGAGGACCAGGCAGAAAAGUAUAUCCAAUACUUCCAAGCUUCUAGGUGAACUGGAGAGUGACUCUAAACCAUUAGAAAUCAUAGAACAAAAGCCAAAAAGAAGCAGGACCACAAAGCCAAAGGCGAGCAGAAACACGGGAAAAGGAAGUUCUUGGUCACCUCCUCCUGUAGAAAUUAAGCUGGUUUCUCCCUUGGCAAGUCCAGUGGAUGAAAUAAAGAUCAGCAAGCCAAGAAAAACUGCAGAAGUAGCAGGAAAAACUCUUGGAAGGGGCAGAAAGAAGCCAUCUUCUUUUCCAAAGCAAAUUUUACGCAGGAAAAUGCUGUAAUUUUUAGCCCAAGAUUUUAACAUGCACCUGUUUGUAAAAGUCAUCAGUAUUCGUGUGGAUUAUUAAAAGUCACCCAAUUUGGAUGGAAAUACUUUAUAAAAAUUGUACAAUUUUGUAAGCAAGUAAAUAAGUAACUCCAUAUGGAGUGCAGUUCUUCUAGUCCAGGCAUUUUAUAAUACUUCAUACGUUUAUAUAAUAUGUAAAUAUGGCUUAUCAUUGGGAUGUUAAAUAAACUACUGUAAAGUACA